AUGGACGAAGUCACCAAAGCAGAUGUGGUUCGAGAUGCCGAGUAUUACUACAUUCAGGAGUCACGCUCAUACUUCGCGGACUGCGGAAUCUCUUAUCAUCACAGCUAUCUCUUCUAUGGCCCAUCCGGUACCGGCAAAAGUUCGUUCAGCGCUGCAUUGGCUGGGUACCUUGGUUGCGAUAUUUACCAUAUCAACCUCGCAUCCGGGAACAUCAAUGAUAGUGCGCUCCACCGGUUGUUCCUUGGUCUUCCCCGCAAGUGCGUUGUCGUAAUCGAAGACAUCGACUCUGCAGGAAUUGGUCGUGAACAAGUACCCCAGGAGGAUCAAGCACGAUUUAUGGAUCCUCUGGAGCUUGAUCUUGAUUUCAACCCAGGUUUUGAUCAGAUGAACCGGAAGUGGAAUAAGUCCUCAUCUGUGGCUAUCACGCUAAGUGGCCUCCUCAACGCCAUUGACGGGAACGCUUUUCAGGAAGCAGGCGUUGGUAUGUUCAAGCGUCUCAUCGGCCGAGCAAUGUGUGUUCAAAACCCUGGUAUCACUACUGAGCAGAUUGAUGAGUGGGCAAUUGAAUUUGCGAGCAAGGUACCAGCCAACACCUUCUCUCCAGCUGAGAUCCAUAACUUUCUUCAGGGCUGCCGAGGUGAUGCCGCAAAGGCUCUGCGUGAGAUCGGUGCCUGGGUUGCGGAGAAUCGUACCACAGCUUCGACCACCGCCGGCAGCGAGGCAGAUACCGAGGAUGUUGAGUCUCUAGAUGCUUCACACCCAUUCACUCCUGGAGGACACGAAGCUUAA